GGUGGUAAUUAAAUUAUUAGUACCAGCAGUAGCCACACUAAUAAUUAUAUUAUUAUUAUCGGUAGUAGUAGCAACAUUAGUAAUUGCAUUAUUAUUAUUAUUGAUAGUAGUGGAGAUAGUAAUAGGACUUAUUAACAGCAGAGGUGACGACGGUGGUUGUUGUGUUGAUGAUGGUGAAGCUGAGAGCGACGGUGGUGGCAACUACUAUUACUACUACCACUGCUGCUACUACCACCACUACUACUACUAUCAAUCACUAUGAUGACGACCAUUGAAAAUCUGCUGGUCUCUGUUCAGCUCGGGUUUUUCUUACCAGUAUAGUUGGGUCGGUUUGUUGUUUGGAGCUGAUAGUAACGAUGUCUACAACGACGACGACGACAACAAAAACAGUCAACGGAGCUAUGUUCUAAUAAUGGUCUGUGAGUUUUAAGACACAACAAGCAGGUGGGGGUUACUGUGGACAAUGUCUGGUACUGUUGGGCGGUUUUGCUACCUUUACGGAAUACAACUAAUCUCUACUACACCUGGCUGACCAAACAACACAAGAGCGAAGAAGAAUGGCAUCUUCUCGAAAGUCUACCUCAUCAAAAUAUAACCAGGAAGGAUCUCGUCGGAAACUUACACGUCAGAGAGAUCAUGUAGAACAUCAAGCUAUUGAACAAGAUGUCUUUACUCAGAAGCGUAAAGGAAGCCAAAAAAGUGGUAGCGUCACCACUAAAGCCAGCAAAACAUCGAGUGAUGGUGGCCAAAAUUCAAAAGUUGAAACUACCAAGAAUAAAGUAACAAGGAAGAAGCAUGAAGAUGGCGGGAAAACAGAGAAAAAGGCCCACAUUAAGGAACCGGUGCCGCCAGACAUUAAUUCAUCUGCUUCGUCGACCUUUGGUUCGCAAGAAUCAGAAAAAUCUAGUCUGGCUGCAAGUAAUUGCAGUGGCAGUAGUAGUGGUGUUAGUGGAAAAUUAGAAACAAGUGGUCGCAGUAGUUCAUCAAAAAGUGGCACCAGCCAGUCUGCAAGUCAAGGAAGCAGUGGCACAACUCAGAAACAUGGUUCAUCACCAUCCUCAAAGAAAGGUGGAGCUUCAUCAAAAUCCUCACCGAGUACAACUGCCAAACGGGCUGGUCGUGGCAGUUCUUCAGAUGGCAAGAAGGAUUGUUCCAGGGAGCGGAAAAUGGGUGUCGUUUCUUGUAAUUUCCACUUGCCAAAGACUGAAGCCCCGACCCCGGCACCAAAACCUUCAGUCACUGAAGUGACGAGUGUAAAGACAAAUGUUACUGUUACACCAAAUGUCAAGACAACUGCCAAUGUUACAUCUGUUGCUGCUACACCUAGCAUGAAGACCACUACUGUGGUAACGUCAAGCAUGAAGACAACUGUUGCUGCUACAUCGAGCAUAACGACAACUGCUGUUACUAUGUCAGCAAGUGUAAAGACAACUGCCAAUGUCGCUGUAUCAAUUGGAAGUACACCAUCUACUGUUACAGAAGUAACAACUAGUAAUAUUAGUUGUACAGACAUGGUGACUCAAGAAGAAGACAAUGAGGAUAAAAGUGACAACAUUUCCUCUUUAUCUACAACCCCUUCACUAUUAAGUGUUACUUCUGAAACCACAAGUCUCUUGGGUAAAUCACCUGAAACCAGCAGCAGUUUAAGGGAUAAAGACCAGUCACAGCUUUCUCCCGGACUUUCAUCAUACAGCAAUAUUGAUUCAGAUGGGACUGGCUCACCUGAUUUGAGUUUUUGUAGCCCUGAGUUACCCACAAAAAACAGCCGCCUCAAGCGACGCCUUAUCCAAGAACAAGCUUUCGAUGAGUAUGAAGAAGACUUAAUAACAACAACUUCAAACUUGACAUCUUCUCAAUUGCCUUCUUCUUCAUUGAAAAUCCCAGGAAUGGGUUUAUUUGGUUCUAAUGCCAGCCUCUUGUCACUUGAUAACCAGGAGCGAAUCAGAAGUGCUUCAUUGCAUUUUCAGCCUAUGUGUUCUUCGGAGACAUCACUUAACAGUCAGACCUCCCUACACAAGCGACCAUGUGAGAAGGUCCGAGAAUUGCAGCUUUCGGACUCAACAUUAUCAGUUCGAGGUCAUGAAAUGAGAGCUGGUUUUGAGAACUGUAGUACCUCAAUUCUUCGUGGAAGCAGCACAGGUAGUUACAAUGCCAGCUUCAAUCUCCGACCAUUUGUUCGGCAUUCAAGCUCUCCAGCUAAAGUUGAAAGUUCUUCGAAUUAUCGCAGAUCAAAAGAUCAUCUAGCAUUGCUAGAGGUUCUACGCAAACAUGGGCUCUGUCACUGCAUUCGGUUUUUCAAUCGUGAUAUGAACAUCAAGAAAUUUAGGACUCUCACCGAGGAUGACCUUCUUGAAAGUUGUCAGGUCACUGAUCCACAAACCAGAAAGCAAUUGCUACAGGUCAUCGCCCGACUAAAAAUGGAUGAAGAUACGGAUACCGAAUCAGAUUAUGGUACCCCCUCUUCACAGUCACCACUGCCCUCUCCAUCGACACUUCAAAGGAAGUCACGGGAAGAUCUCCCGUUGGCUCUACACUAUGGCUAUCGAAGGUUACAGCGGACUCUGUCUGAAGAGACACGUCAGAAAGGCAGAGACGGAACCCCUCUCACUCCCACUUGUAGUUCAGGCAGUCAUCCUUGUCUACCAGGGAGUCACUUAAGCAGUAUUUCCAGCAAUACUGAAAGCACAAACUUAUUACGGAUGCACAAUUCUGUUUUGGGUCAGUCUGCACCAUCCCUCUCAGCAAGUAUGAAAGAUCUCAGUUUAACUAGGAAAGGAAGUCGUUCUCAUGGAAGACGAUCUGUUAUAGCUGUUGGAUCUUCACCUACACUUCUACAUCGAUGCAACUCUCCUCAGAACUCAGCAUUCAGGCCUCCUCGAAGUCCUAUGGACAGUCCACGCCAAGCAUCACCCAACCUUCACAACCAGUUUCCAUUCCAAAAUAUCAAGAAGAUGGAUGGGCGUAGAUGGUCUUUUGCAUCACUGCCAUCAUCUGGUUAUGGAACCAACACACCUGCUAGCUCCAAUGUCUCGUCCCAGUGCUCUUCUCAAGAGCGUCUUCACCAGCUGCCAUCUCAGCCUACUCCAGAUGAACUGCAUAUUCUCACUAGACAUUUUGGAAGUAACGAAAACAAUGCUGUUCCACCUGAGGAUGACUCUGGUGGAGGACGGUGGUCACCGCGACCCCGACCCCGCUCCCGAAGUUUGAGUAGUCCUGCUCGCUCUCCUGCAAGUGAUUUGGAAAUAGUCAUGAUGAAUAAUAUGUAUAAAGAGAGAUUCCCUAAGGCCACUGAUCAGAUGGAAGAAAGACUGGAGCUCUUUAUUGAAUUAAACCGAGCACCAGUUGAACCUGAUGCAAUUUUAAGCUUUCUUCAUCACCAAGUACUUGAAAUGGCAAGAGAUUGUCUUCAAAAAUCUCAGGAAAAACUAAUAACUAGUAAUUAUUUCUGUGAAUUGUCAGAAAAUUUAGAGAAACUACUCAAAGAUGCUCAAGAGAGAUCUGAAGAGACAUAUCAGUACCUCUAUCCACUCAUCAAAAAGCUACUCAUCAUAGUUUCCCGACCAGCUCGUCUACUGGAAUGCUUGGAAUUCAACCCAGAGCAAUUUUACCAUAUGCUGGAGGCAGCAGAAGGCCAUGCACGCCAGUAUGUCAAAGCUGAUAUCCCCCAGUAUAUCAUCCAGAAAUUGGGAUUAAACAGAGAUCCACUUGCUGAUGUUCAGGAAAUCGGAAUGCACGAUAGUACAGAUUGCGCUAGUGGAGCAGAAUCAGCGGAUAGCAAUGCAACAAAAGAAAAGAAGAAAGCAACCCCAUCAGAGGAUGAUUUUGAUACAAUAAAACUAAUUAGCAGUGGAGCUUUUGCAGCUGUUUAUCUAGUGCGUCACAAAGAAUCAAGGAAACGAUUUGCCAUCAAGAAAAUAGGCAAACAGCAUUUACUCAUGCGCAACCAAACCGAACAAGCAUUUGUUGAGAGGGACAUUCUCACAUUCACUGACAACCCAUUUGUGGUGAGCAUGUACUGCAGUUUUGAGACCAAAAAAAACUUCUGUAUGGUAAUGGAAUAUGUGGAAGGAGGAGAUUGUGCUACGUUGUUGAAGUUUACAGGUGGACUGCAUUUGGACCUUGCCAGGAUGUAUUUUGCUGAAACAGUGCUUGCUCUGGAAUACCUUCACAGUUAUGGGAUUGUACACAGAGAUUUAAAACCUGAUAAUUUGUUGAUCACUGCCACAGGACAUAUAAAACUAACAGAUUUUGGUUUAUCUAAAGUUGGUUUGAUGAGCUUGACUACAAAUAUGUACGAAGGAGCUAUUGAUAAAGAUUGUAAACAAUUCAAAGACAAACAAGUAUUUGGCACUCCAGAAUACAUUGCGCCUGAGGUCAUCUUAAGGCAAGGUUAUGGAAAACCUGUUGAUUGGUGGUCAAUGGGGAUAAUCCUAUUCGAGUUUCUAACUGGAUAUGUUCCUUUUUUCGGGAAAACACCGGAAAUCCUCUUUUCCCAAGUCAUCAAUGAACAAUUUGAAUGGCCACCAGAGAAAGAAUUGAAAGUGCAGGAUGAAGCUAAAGAUUUAAUAACUCAACUGCUCAGGAAUAAUCCAAGGGAGCGUAUUGGCUCUGGUGGUGCCCACCAAGUGAAAGAACAUGAAUUCUUCCAGAGUGUAGACUGGGAUGGAUUGUUACGGCAGAAAGCUGAGUUUGUUCCACAAUUAGACAGUGAAGAGGACACAAGCUACUUUGAUACCCGAACUGACCGCUAUAGCCACCCUGACCUGGAAACUGAGGACACGGAAGAUGAUACAGAUGACAUCAUGUUUCACAGCUUCUCAUCUUGUUCUCCACGGUACAACAAACUCAGUUUGAAACUGGAGGAUUCUCAAGAGGAGCGGAAAGAUCGAAGGCGACACUCUAGCUCAGAUGAAAUUCGAACACGUUUGCUGGAGAAACAAGUUCUUGACCGGAAAGAUUCCAAUCAGUCAGAAAGUUCUGAGAGCUCAAUAGAAGUACAACGUGUCCUCCGAAUUAACAGUACAGGGAGCAGUUAUGGAGACAGUCUGCUAGACAUAUCCAGUUCAAGUAGCAGGUUAGAACUCACACUGCGAGAUGAUGAUAUCUUUACUGCUGCCAUAGAUUGUGAACAGCCAGCUCAGGUUUGCGAGACAGAAAAGACUACGAGCACAACAAAGUCUUCCUUGUCAUCAAGCACGCCACAAACCCAGCAACAGCAGCAGCAGCAGCAACAGCAGCAGCAACAACAACAACAGCAGCAGCAGCAACAGAUACCCAAAUUCUCUAUCUCGACUGCAUGUGACGCCGAUAUUCCUCCUUCCAAAGAACUCUCUCCAGUGGAUGAGAUUGACAAUAAAGACAGUGGAACCAGCUCGGGGAGGAGUAAGGCAACCACCACAACAACAACUACUACCACUACUACUACUACAACUGCUGUCACCACAACAACAGCCACUGCAGUGUCUUUGGUUGGCGGUGAGAGUGUAGAACGCACAACUAACAGCACGCCAUUAGUUACCACUGCAUCCUCUAAAGCUGCUACCAGCGUGGUCCCGUCCACUUAUAGUGAGAGAACUAGGACUUCUGGUAGUAACGAGGAUGUUGUGAAACUACAGAAGUCAGCUUCAGCUAGCGCCCUCACACUACUAGUGCAUUCUAUAGGUCAUCCAUUGGAUAACUCCGGGGAACUGACUAAGCGUAGACUCUUCUUCCCAGAAGAUUUACUUAUCCAGCCCUUAAACUCUCCUGGGGGUUCAAGCACCAGUUCCCGCGAUGGCUCUCCGUCCAGAGAUAUCUCUCCACUUACCAGGAACUUAAAGCCGCCACUAGUCAUCAAGAAAGGUCCUCAAGGGUUUGGAUUCCGUAUCCAAGCCAUCCGGGUAUAUCUAGGUGAUACAGACCUGUACACUCUGCAACAUAUGGUUGUUGCGGUUGAGACAAGUGGUCCUGCUUUUGAAGCUGGUUUACGUCCUGGUUGUCUGAUAACUCAUAUCAAUGAUGAAUGUAUCCAAAGUCUAUUGCACACCCAGGUUGUGCAGCUCAUUCUCAGUGGUGGGAAUGUUCUGCAGAUCCGGUCAGUGCCGUUGGAAAACACAACAAUUAAAACUGGAACGCGAAGGCAUCGAAGCAAUCCUGGGAAAAUGGCACGUCGUAUUUGUCACAAGAAACGAGAGAAAAGUGGUGAGAAGAAGAAAGGACGGUCAUUGUUCCGAAAACUGAGUAAGAAGGCUGAGCAACAUAUACACCCUGGCUCACCAAUGAGCGCAAACAGAACAUUCAGUCCUCUCAGUAAGUCUCUAUCUUCAGCUGAAAGUUCACCAAACUUGCCGAGGUCUGCUCGUUCUCUACCUAUCAAUAUGCCAUGGUCAACACCAGAGUCCGCUGCUGGAAGUUCAUCUACCAGUAGCUCACCCAGCUCUAGCGGGCCAAGUUCCCCAGCCACUUCCUCCCACUAUGGCCGGCCUAGCUCCUUGCAUGGCCUGAAACACCACAAACGUGCUCAGAGUAUGAAAUCCCCCCAUCGGCGUAAAUCUGUGCACAACAUUCCCCUCUCACCUUUAGCAAGGACUCCUUCCCCAUCUCCAAUGGCAACAUCUCCAACACGGAGCCCCAGCCCACUUGCUUUCACGCAGGGACAUCAUGCUGGCAGUUCUAACACAGUACAGCACACAUACCCAGCUCAACUUACUGCUUCCGGUUCUCCUGUACCCCACACAGCCUCACGCAGAUCUUUCACAAGGCCCAAAAGCUGUGAGCCUGGGUCACCUCUGUUGCGAUGUACACUAUCUCCAGAACGACUACAUCCCAACACAGCAGAGAAGACUCAUCUCAGGAAAAGUCCUUGGCAGGAGAAACAGUCAGUCAGUGAAUCUUUGUGAGAAUGAAGGAUUAAUUCACUGCUGCUUCCCCUUGCACCGUUCACAUGUAAGUGAAAACUUGCUCCCAUCAUAGCAUUAUGCUGUUGUUUGAAGGGAUGUAUAUAGUAAUUUAGAAAGUUUUCUCAGCUCAAGAAUCGAUUUCAAAAGAAGAAAGACUAACACAACCACAAAGCUUUAAAUAUGAAUUGAAGAAAAAUAUAUAAAUUAUAUGAACUGAUGAUAACAUUUUCCAAACCCUCACCCCAUCCUAAACAAGAAAUGUGAUUAAAAAAUUUCCCACUCCUCACUAAAAACAGAGCUCAAAAAAAAAAAAAAAAAAAACAAUUUAUUGAAAAUUACAAUACCCACAAUGAAUAGUGUUUCAACUCCACUAAAAUAUUAUAAAAGGAAUGUUGAAGAAAAAAAAAACAAAAAACAACAUUAUUUCUCAUGAGACCAACUUUGACUUUUUAAAAUUAUCUUCAGUAUUUGAGUUCUAUUUAAAAUUAUUUUUUUUCCAAUUAUUCUCUUCACUGACUCUAAAUAAUGUUUUGUUUUUGUUGUUCUCAUUAACAUUUUUUUUUUUUUUUCAAAAUUUUAACACCCUCUCCAAUACCACCAUAUUUUGUUUCAUUCAGUGAUUAUUUAUUUUUAUUUCCCUCCUUUUUUUUUUUUAUUCUCUGACCAACUAUUUUCUAACAUCUCCCCCUACAUGCAACACCAAAACAACUCACCACCACCCCCACCAAGCAUAACAUUUCAUAUUUGGUUAACUUCAGCUGUUGUCUGUCCAUUCUGUCAAGUGGUUGUGAUAUUUUGCUAGCGAUAGAUCCCACACAUACAUGAUGUACAGAGUGCAGUUUUGAAACGCCAACUUGCCCUAAUCUUUCAUGUCAGUAUUUCUGUCGAUUUGUGUUACAUUUUACGUUUAAGAUUGUGCAUUUAAACUGUUUUCUUUUCUAAUUUCUUUCCCCUCUUCUUUCUUGUCAAACUUAAUGAAAUUCUACAGCCACAGUGAAUUAUAAUAUUAAUUAAUCUCAGUACUAACUCAACUUAUGCCCAGAUAUCUGGUUUUAUUCUGCAUCAGCCAUUGACUCACUAUUUUGGUCAAUGAAAUUUGUGCUGUUGUCUCUUUUAUUUUUCAAUUUAUAUUUUUCCCACGGGGCUUUUGUUGAGAAAUUAUCAUUGUUGGGUCAAUUAUUUCAGUGUCUAUCAUCAGUCAGUAAUCUCAGAAAUAUUUCUGUCUGAGAUGUAAAAAAACAGAAAUGAUCUAGAACUUUCCUAUGAUUAGUAGGACAACGUGUUUGGCAGAAAGAUUACCUAUUCUAGUUUUUGGAAUGAAGAAUUUCAUGACAACUGCCAUCGCUUGUAUCAAAUAGUUGUUUUUUUUUUUACUUUUCUUUUCUACACAGAAAUAUUUAAUUCCAUCUUAGAAAAUGCUGUGUCUGGUAUAUUUAUAAAACAGUAAAACUUGGCAUAUUUUCUCUAAAAUUUCCAUAGCCUAGGACCGUGGUACCGAGUGUAUUUUUAUUGUCUUUUAACACUUAUCAAAUGUUUGACAUCUCUCUGUGUGUGUCUGUUGUGUAAAUUGUAGCUGCUUUGAGAUAGUACCUUAACUGAGAGACAUGUUUGACACAGCAAUGUGUUAGUUGAAGUUGGUCAAAUUGCUUCCUUGCAAGUCUGCAACCGUAACAAUACUAGUCUACCUAGAAAGGCAAUCCCUGUGAUAUAUAUAUAUAUAUAUGAAAAAAAAAAAAAAAAAAAAAAAAAAGAUUUAAAAAACGAAAAAUGUAAAAAGAAAAAAAGAAAGAUAAAAAAAAGUGAUUUAGAGUUGUCUUCUUUAAACUUUUUUCUUCUUUCCUUUCAUUGACAAAACUGGUGUUUAAUCAGUUUCUAUGGAAAUUCUUUCUAAUUUUAAAUCUUUUAAUUUUUGGCCCUUGUUGCCUCCCAUUUCCUUUCACUUCCCCAACCCAUAUCUCUUCUUGUCAUUGUAUAUACAACAUUUUUCACCCCCUACAAACACCACAUAUGCUUAUUCUUCUUUAUCCAUCCCUCACUUUCCAACUUUUGACUUGGUUGAAAGUCAACUUUUUUUAAGGCUGUGUGCUUUGUCUAGUCCCCCCAUCCCAAUUUAUAUUUCUUGGUGACAAACAAAGGUGAAUGAUAUGGGAUUUUUUUGUUUGUUUGUUUUUUUUUUACCUUCCUUAAAUCAAUUACAUAUUCAUUCAUUAUAAAUUAUAUUCUCAUUUAAUGUUUUCUUUUCAAAAAAGCAAGAUAAAGUAAAAUGUAUUAUAUUGCUCUGAUGGUUUGAAACUUACACACUCAUGCGUGCACGCACAAACAUACACACAUAUUAAUCCGCCUAGUAUGAAGAUAACCAAACAAGUUACUGUUGUUAAUGAAAGAAUUUAAACAGAUGACAAACUAACAGCCACCAUGGUGACUAAAACAGUAGUCUUUACUGGUUUUAUUCCUUUUUCAAUUUUCAAUGUGAUUUUGGAUUACUUUUUUUUUUUUUUUUAAAUAUCUGAAUAUGAAAUGAGCAGUGAAACAACUUGAAUUUGGAAAUCUUUCAUUCCCAUGUUGACAAACCUACUUUUUUUUUUUUUAAAUUAAAUCUUAUUUUAUCCUGAACAACACCGCCCCGAACCUCUGCUAUAGCCUGCCAUAACAAUGAGGCAUUCAUCACCAUUUGUCUUAUGGUUAAAAAAAAAAUUAAACAGCAGCCUACAUCAGAUGUUUCUCAUUUAUAGUGUGUGUGUAUGUGUGAUAUUGUUAGUGAGGAAAGAUUUUCAUGGCAACUGGUCUCACCAAGUAUUAUGUUGUUAUGUCUGUCCAUAGAAUUAAUCUGUCUUCUAAAUAUUGUAAGUCCUUUGUUAGUUUGGCAAGGCCACUUCAUUCAGUCCUUAACACCCAACAUAUAUUUACAUACAGCUCUGGCUGUUAUGAUUCUUUUAUUGUCUGUAUUCCAUGCUAGUUGUUUGUUUGAUUCCUAAUUCAAGACUCUGGGAUGGGGGAAUAGAAUGUUUCAAUUGAGCCAGAGGGAUUAGGGAACGGGUUGGGUUAGAGGUAGGGGUGGGUAUGGCAAAAUUAAUAUUUAAAUAUAAGCAGUUAAAAAACUGGGGAAAAAAAUUAUUCUAUGUAUUUUGAGUACUGAACAACUGAAAAAAUUUCUACUAAUCUAAUGUUGGGAUUUAUCUCUUAAGUUAAAAUAAACACUAAUGGGAAGAAGAUUCUUAUAUAUAACUUUAUGGUACCCCAUGAUGUGUAUCUUGUAUAAACUUUAAUACAUCUACACACAUAAUGUAUAUCAUAUAACCUUAAAAUAUGUACAUACAUGGUGUAAAGCUUAUAUAUAUACUUAAUGCAUGUACAUAGAUGUACAUCUUACAGAAAUUUGGUUUAUAUAUCAUGGACAUUCUUUUUCCACUAAUCUUAAUGUAUAAUUUGUAAAAAAAAUAUAUAUAUAUACCCAUAACCAGCUUCUGUUAGGUUGUCCAUGAACACAUAUGAUAUUGUAGUGGCUAUUCAGGGUGGUUGCUUGUAUUUGCGAAGUGUGUGUGUGUGUGUGUGUGUGUGUGUGUUUCUUUUUUAUUAUUAAUAUUAUUAUUGUUAUUCAGCUGUCAUUUCUUCCUUUCUUUUGUCACCAGUAUAUUAUAUAUAAUAUAUAUAUAUCUAUAUUUUUUUCUACUUUUUCAUUCCUUAACCUUCCCUCUCCCCCCAACCCACCCCCAGAUUUCUUUCUUUGUUUACUUAUUCAAUUUGGAAAACUAAAUUAAGGAAACAGCAAAGAAAAGAAAAAAAAAAUUGGUAAAGAUUUAUUAUCUCGCCCAAAUUCCUUUCAGUAUUCUUUAUUUCUUUUUAAACCGAUAAUUAUUUAUUAUUUGUAAAAAGUAUUAUUAUUAUUAUUAUUUUAAUAAGGGUUGUGGAUUGGCAGAAUUGUUAGAGCGUCAGACAAAAUGCCUUGCUGUAUUUGUUCCAGCUCUUUAUGUUGUUCUGAGUUCAAACCCCACCCAGGUCAACUUUGCCUUUCAUCUCUCCAGAGAUUGAUAAAAUAAGUACCAGUCAGUCAAGUACUGGGAGUCAUUGGUAUCGACUUUGCCCCUUCCUCUCAAAAUUACUGGCCUCUGUGCCUAAAUCAGAAACCAUUACUAUUAGUAUUAGAACUGUGGAUUGUCAGAAUCAUUAGAAAGUUGGCUAAAAUAUCUUGUGGUAUUUUUUUUCAAACUUCUUAUGUUCUGGAUUCAAAUUUCACCAGGGUCAACUUUGCCUUUCAUCCCUCCGGGGUCACUAAAAUAAAGUACCGGUCAAGCACUGGGGUUGAUGGUAUCGACUAACUCCAUCUCCUUAAAAUUUCUGGCCUCUUGCCUAAGAGACCAUUAUUAUUUUUAUUAUUAUUAUUAUUGUGAAGUCUGGUAUGGCAAUAAGUUUUUGGCCAAUUGAGUCAACAAGUGAAUUUUGAUUCCCCAUUUAAAGAAACUGUCACUUAUGUUACACAAAUGCCAUUGAAAAGGGCAUUGGCUUCACAAAAUCUCUUCUAACCAUUCUUUGAAUGACAAAUCUCAAAUUUUAAUUCUACAUAAGAAAUUACAGUUAGUAUUGAUAUUUUUAUUAUUAUUAUUACAUUAUUCUUAUUGUUGUUCUUCUUAUUAUUACCUGUUUUCCCACCCACCACGAGACAGAAGUAAUGUAAUAUUGCCAAGUUCAGUUUGUAAAUCUGUCAGCAGAAGACAGAUAUUAAUCAUUGCUUUAAGCCUUCUAAAUUUCUGACUAUUAAACACAUCUGUGAUGUUCUGAUAGUUUGUCGUUCUAUUUUAAUCUAAUGUUCAUAUUUUAAUAAACCAUCCUUCUACAUAAUCCCUGUAGACAGGACAAACUGAA